CCGCGUGGCAGUCUCCCUGGGGCCCGUUUCUCGUGGAGCUGUCCUCGUUGACACGCAGGAUGGACUCCUUCCACCGUGUACGGGAUGCUGUCACAUUGUUCGAUCGUGUAUCGUUAUCGUCCUUGUCACCUUCAUUCUACCCAUCCUCGUCAGCCUCCCCCUCCGCCUCCUCCUCCUCCUCCUCAUCAUCAUCAUCAUCAUCACCGACCUUAUCUGCCCGCCGGUUAAGCGGAUAUGGAGUUUCGGUGUUAAGCUCGGCGCGUUGCGGUCCCCUGGCAAUGGCGGCAAUGGCGGUCAGUGUAUUGAUUUUCGCUGUGACGAUGAUGACUGUCGUCAUCGCAGAUGGCAGCCCAGGUGUAACCUACCUUCCGAAGGGUGUGCAAGUCUCGCUGCGCGCCAAGUGGUCGGGAACCUCCCUCCUCCUCGAAGCCGGAGAGUUCGUCGGAGCGACGAGGGAGGAUCUGUUCUGGCCGUUCGUGGAGGAAUGGAUACACGGCCAACCUCCUCCUCAGUCGAUAGGAGCGACGGGUGAGUCCUUGCCGGCGGAUGAGAGAUGCGCGGCGGCGAUGGGCGGCAGUGUGCGACGCCUUCUAGGUCCCGCGUUCGAGCCCAUUUUCCUUCUGUCGCUUUCUUUCCGCGAAUACUCUCCCAAGCUGGUCGUGUAUCGACAGCUGGCGUGGCAGUCUCUCCGUCGCUUUGGCUUCACUUCUUCCUCCCCCUCUGAUGAUGAUGCUACCGCGGCUGAGGACGGGGGGAGGAGCGGACGACACGUGGCCCGCCCGGGGCCUGCCAACUCAGCAGCGGCGAAGGAUCGUCAUCGACUCGACAGUAGCGAUCCCUUCCCCACUAACGGGAGUUGCUGUUGGGUCGAUGUUGGCGGGCAAAAGCCGCUCCUCGAUCCCGCGGAGCUGGACACGUGGAUCGAGCGCGCCAAGCUCGGUGCCACGGUGGCGGACGAGGCUGAGCAUCUUGUAGAGGUCCACAGCUUUGAUCAUGUCAUCUCUGACGGCAGCAGUGUUGCUGCUGUUGCAGUCCUCUAUGGGGCCAUGGGGACAGCGUGUUUUGAGAAAAUGCACGCUGCGCUCUCCGCAGCAGCCAGGGAGGGCUAUUUUAAGUAUGUUUAUCGGCCGGUUCUGCCGCAUGGCUGUGGUGGAGAUGGCGGGAAUUGCCUCUUGAUGGGGGCGGGGGCCGAUGUCACUCUUGGCGGGUACGGCGUUGAGCUGGCAUUAAAGAACAUGGAGUAUAGCGCGAUCGACGACAGCAGCGUGAAGAAAGAUGUGGCGACGGAGAGCGGGAAGCCGACAGAGGAUCUGGAUCGCGCAGUGAAUGGAUUCAUCUUCUCGAAGCUGCUGGCCAGACGACCAGAGAAAGCAGCCGAGCUCCUGACGUUCCGCGACCAUCUGAUGUCGGCAGCAGACAUUGAUGACAAGAUCAACGUGUGGGAUCUGAAGGAUAUAGGGUUGCUAGCCUCGCAGAGGAUCGCUCAGGCCUCUGAUCCCCUGCGGCUUCUGCAAGAAAUCAAUCACAAUUUCCCCAGCGUCGUGUCUUCCUUGUCGAGAAUGAAGCUGAAUAAGACGGUCUCGGACGAGAUCCUGAGUAAUCAGAGAAUGCUGAUGGCGGGAAAGAACUUGCUGGCAAUCAAUCAGGCAGUAAUCGAUCUGGAAAACCUGGAUCUGUUCACGUUGAUGGAGAUUGCGAGGAAGGAGAUAGCGCUCGGCUCCCAGCUCUCCAAGCUGAAGCUUCCGAGAGAGGUCAUGAAACAGAUGAUGAAUCUUCCCGAGCCAUCGCUCGACAUGGUGGUUCGCGUGGACGUUAGGUCGGACGAAUUCCUGCACUUCUUGAACGACCUGGAAACCGAUGCCAAGUACCGAAGAUGGGGUAAUAAUCUCUUUGAGCUCCUGAUGCCCAUGUUUCCAGGGCAGAUGCGAUACAUUCGCAAGAAUCUGUUCACCGCUGUGUACGUUAUUGAUCCCGGGUCACCGAAGUCGCUGCGUGCCGUCGACUCGAUCAUGCACUACUACAACAAUAACGUCCCGGUACGGUUCGGUAUAAUCAUCGCCACGGGGGAGGUGUUGUCCAUAGUCGAGGAGAAAGGAGGAGCAGGAGGAGAGGCGGUAGUGAAGAAGGCGCUGCAGGAGGAGAAUGGUACUGUGAGUCAGAGUGUGAGCUUGAUGACAGCCAGGGUGUUCUAUCAUGUUGUGAGGAAUUUCGGCGCGAAGGAAGGAUUCAGCUUUCUGGCAAAGCUGAAUGAGGUGAGGGGGGGAGAGGAAGGAGGAGACGCUCCGUCUGCGGGGGCGGACUCGGAAGAGGAGGACGAUGCGAUUUCUCAAGAACACCUGGAGGAGGCGCUUAGGGCAACUCUCAAACGGCUCUUGGCCAAAGAGAAGAAGGAGAAGGUGGCUGCAGAUGAACUGAUUGCAGAGCUGCGUGGCAAUCUCGACUACCUGGACGAUGUGAUCCUCAGCACUCUCUUCGCUCACAGGAAGGGUCUCGAUAACGCCGCCAUCCCGUGCCUGGUCAUGAAUGGCCUCGUUUUCCCUUCUAAUCAGGUGCUCAUUGCCAUGAACGAGGAGCUGGGUAGGAUCCAAGAGAAGGUGUAUUACGGCUUGAUCUCUCAGAAGACGAACGUGCUGGACAGGUUACUGCAAGAGCACGGCUUCGCUCGCUACAACCCAGUGGUCUUGUCAAGUGAUGGGACAAAACCCAAGUACGUGGAAUUGGCAUCUGCUGCUGUGGAGGAGAAGAGCAUCCUGAGGAAGCUCAGGUACCUCCAUCACCCAGGAGGCGAUGACGAAGUGAAAGCGAUCUCUCAUCUGGUGGUUGUGGAUAUCGAACGGAAGGAAGGCAAGCAGCUUGUCCUGCAGGCGCUUCGACACUUGGCCAGUGACGUGGAGGGCAAAUCACGCGUGGGAAUCUUGCACAAUCCGAGAAGGACGAGGGAUCGGACCUCUGCCCCUGGGGCUGAUGAUGAUCCUGAACGCCCUGCUGCAGCUGCUGCGGCUGCUGCUGCUUCUCUCUUACCACGUAUUCUCCUAGCUGCCACGAGCCUUCCUGGCCAGUCUGCCAAGCUGCUGCCUUUCUUGCAGACUCUGCUGGAAUCCUCAGCCGUGGCGGAGUUGAUGACAUCAACGAACAAGUUGCAGGCCGAAGCUUCUGUCAGGGAUACCCUCCUUGACUCUGUGGCAGCGAUGGCGAAGUCUGCUGGUCUGAGGCCUGACGGCCUUCUCAAGUCGUUGACAGAUCCCACAGCCAUUCGCGAUGCACUUCAGCGGAUCCAGGAGGAGCAGGAAUUCGUGAAGUCGUUGGGGAUUGAACCGGGUCUGGACGCUGUCGUCACCAACGGCAGAGUGCUGCUGCUGGGUCGGGACUGCAAGCAAUUGACUGCCGAAGACUUUGAACUGCUUGGGAAAGUCGAGUACUCCCAAAGGGUGUCUGAAGUGGAGACGCUCAUGGAGGAUCUCGAAUGGAGCGAUGCCGAUCCCGAUGACGUGACGAGCGAAUUCCUGAGUACUAUGAUCAUGGCAGCAUCGUCUGCUGUCUCAAGCCGGACCAAAACCUCGGAGACGGCCAAGUUCGAGUUCCUAUCUGAUCAGCACAGUGCAAUUGUUCAUCAGGACGACAACUCCUUGCUGACAGUCGAUGCCAUCCUUGACCCGAUCAGCACAACUGCCCAGGCCAUCACACCUCUGCUCAUACUCCUGCGCGACUGGUUGCAUCCCAGCUUCCGCAUUAUCCUGAAUCCACAGACCAACCUGGCUGAUCUCCCCUUGAAGAACUUCUACAGAUUCGCCCAACCUCUGAACAAGGAUCUGGUUAGCAGCCUUCAGGAUGGCGCGGCGGCACGAUUCAUCAACAUGCCAGCCUCGCGGACGCUUACGAUGAACCUGUAUGUGCCAGAGCCUUGGCUUGUGGAGCCUGUGGUCGCGCCUUACGACCUUGACAACCUGCAGCUGCAAAAGCUGGAUGCGGGCACCAUGCAUGUGGCGUUUGAGCUGGAGGCACUUAUGGUAACAGGGCAUUGCUUUGAAGAGGGUUCGCGAGACCCCCCCCGGGGACUGCAGCUUCUGCUGGGAACCAAGGAAAACCCGCACAUCGUGGACACAAUCGUGAUGGCGAACCUGGGGUACUUUCAGCUGAAGGCUGCUCCUGGAGUGUGGGCCUUGCGGCUUGCCCCCGGCCGGUCUGCCUUGCUCUACAGUACUGUGCAUGCAGAUGCUGACAACACGUUGAUCCCGGAAAAGGGAGAUGCCGGCGAAGAGGAGGUGGUGAGCGUACGUGUGGUGGUGAGUGAUCUGAAGGGCAAGGUGGUCAGAAUGAAAGUGAAGAAGAGGCCUGGCAAGGAGACUGAGAAGAUUUUGUGGGAGGAGGGAGAUUGGAAUAACGAGGACGAGGAGCAAGGAGCCACAAUCGCAAGACACGGUGCAGGAGGGUCUAAUAAGAGAGGCAGCUCGUGGUCUGAUUGGUUUCUGGGACUGGGUGGUAGGAAGAAAGAGGGUUCCAAUCUCUCCUCGUUGGAAGCAUCAUCUCCAGAAGGGCUGCCACCUUCGUCAAGGAGGACGGGUGAAAUGAUCCACAUCUUCUCAGUGGCUAGCGGACACCUGUAUGAGCGUUUUCUGAGGAUUAUGAUUUUGAGUGUCAUCAAGAAUACGAACCGGCCCGUGAAGUUCUGGUUUAUCAAGAAUUACCUGUCUCCAAGCUUCAAGGACCUGAUCCCGCACAUGUCGAGGGAGUACGACUUUGAGUACGAACUCGUGACAUAUAAAUGGCCCUCAUGGCUACACAAGCAAGUGGAGAAGCAGAGGAUCAUAUGGGCUUACAAGAUCCUAUUCCUGGAUGUACUGUUUCCACUCAGCUUGAAGAAGGUGAUCUUUGUCGAUGCGGAUCAGAUCGUGCGUACAGAUCUCGGCGAACUCUACGACAUGGAUUUGAAAGGCAAGCCCCUUGCGUAUACCCCUUUCUGUGACAACAACAAGGAAAUGGAUGGCUACCGCUUCUGGAAACAGGGGUUCUGGAAGGAUCAUCUGCGAGGCAGGCCUUAUCACAUCAGUGCACUUUACGUGGUUCAUCUCGCAAAGUUCCGACUAAUCGCGGCUGGAGACCAUCUCCGUGUGGUCUACGAGAGCCUCAGCAGGGAUCCCAACAGUCUGGCUAACCUGGACCAGGAUCUGCCAAACUAUGCCCAGCACAAGGUUCCGAUCUUCUCGCUGCCGAUGGAGUGGUUGUGGUGCGAAUCCUGGUGCGGAAACGCAACCAAGGCAAAGGCGAAGACAAUUGAUUUAUGUAACAACCCGAUGACCAAGGAGCCGAAGCUCGAAGGAGCGAAGAGAAUUGUGGCUGAAUGGCCAGCACUUGACGAAGAGCAGCGUAUAUUCACCGCGAAGAUCGAGCGCAUGUACAUGCAGCUGCAACCGGAUGCAGAGCUUCCCGAAGUCGAUAUGAAGUCACCAGAGGAGCCAGCUUCCGCCCCGAGCUCGAUGCUGAGUGAACAAAGCAUGGAAGGCGAAGGGCAGAAAGGAACUACUGAUAGUGUAGUUGACACAAGCACAAACGGGCGGUCGUCUUGCCCAUCUGGGGUGCACCAGGAGGAGGGCAAAGGCUCCGGUUCUGCUGUGACGAGGUCCUCUGGCGAACGAGACGAGUUGUGAUGUAGAUUAGCUUUUUAUCAGACAUAAGCUUGCAAGCCGAAGCUUAACCUUGUCCAAGGUUUUGACUCUUUUGAUUGUUUGCAGAGUUAAUAAUGAAAAACUGGUUGCUGUGUGCAAUGUUUGACAACCUUGGGCGUGACUUUGGAGUGUCAGGGGGUUGUUUGGUUCAGGGGUUGGUCUCCAUUCCAUCCUUGUUGUUGUUGCGAUGGCCGGCUGGCACCAAUCGGCACCUCUCGAGAAUUCCACGAGACAGUUUUAUAACUUUAUUGUUUGCUUGAAGAGUUUGCAGCAUGCACACUGGCCUGUUUUCAGUGCCAAUCAGUCGGUGUCUGAAGAGUGUGAUAAGGCUGCUUUUCGGUGUUUUUUACCCCCCGAGAAUUUGUGACAGUUUAGGUGAUCUGUUCCAACUUCGGGUUGCAGAAGUUGGAGAGGCAACUCGAUUAGUCUGCUUGCACAGCUCACGCCAGGUCGGAAUCAGUCGCGAAGGGAGCGCAAAGGGGGGUGCAAAGGGAGUUAGGCUGCAGCCCAUAGUGUUUGAGAGCAUUUGUGUCUUGACUGCUUAGGAUCGUGAAUCAGGUUAUGCUGGCAGGCAUUUACAUUCUUUGUUCCAUUGAGCUCUUCUUAUUAUGCAACCGUUUAUGUCAGCAGAUAUUUACAUCAACUCUCAGACCGUAGAUGGGUAUUGUUUUUUUUUUUUUAGUAAGAAUAGCCAGGGCAAUUUGGUAAGGUAGAGGGUCAGAGAGAUGAUGGUCUCGGUGAAAUUUUGCAGAGGAAUUAAGUGUCCGUGCACAAGUCAUAUAUGGUAGAAAGAAUCCUGCCUUGGUUAAUGUCAGACUUGCCUUGACAACGUUCGGCCAGGAAUGCUCCAACAUCAUUAGCAUGAGUCUCCUGGAGAACACUCAAAGCCUCUAGGACUUGGGGGAGGAAACAGGUCUGUCCAGCAUGCAAGGGCAGAGUGAGCAUUCCCAGCAGAUUACGCAGUCCUGUAUAUCUCGGAAAUUGACGUCAGACUAAUCUUCGUUGCGAUGAUAUCCGCAUCUCUUGACUCCUUUUUUUCCCCUCUUCCUUUUGUUCUUUGUAUGUAUGCCUCUGUUUGUGUGUGUGUGUGUGUGUGUGUGUGUGUGUGUUUGUGUGUGUGUGUGUGUGUGUGUGUGUGUGUGUGNNGAGAGAGAGAGAGAGAGAGAGAGAGAGAGAGAGAGAGAGAGAGAGAGAGAGAUGUGAGGCUGAUCGCUGAUCAUUUUUGGUGGUGUCUGUACGACAGGUCUUUUCUCUUCUCUGUUAAAGCCACAAAGCUGGGCAUUUGUUGACAUUGGGGGCCUGUGGCAGACAGAUGGGUGGAUCUCAGGAUUGCCUGUGCGUUUGGAAAUACGAUAAAAAUUCAUCAAAUGA